UCCGCUUUUCUAUUUAGUUUCACCCUUCCCCGGCGCCGUAGUGCGCAGCGUGGGGAGUUGGCCAGUGCUGGAGGGAGAGAACAGCAAGCGAGUUUAUUGAACAUUUCAAACAGACCACGCGUCGUGUUUCUCCUCUCGUUGAGAUGAAGCCCCCUCCUCGUCGCCGUGGCGUCCCGGAGCGAUUCUCGGGAGGCGGGGUGAAGCCGAGCGCAGCGCCGAGCGGCUGGACCGCGUGGAGCCCCGUCGAGAAGAAGAACCUGCUGAGGGCGCUGAAGCUGCAGGAGAGGCGUGGAGUGGAGGAGCUCAACAUAGAGGAGAUACAGAGAGAACUGCCGGGUCACAGCAAAGAGCAGAUCGCUGCGUUCCUCAGCUUCCUGAAGAGUCAGGUGAGGAGUCGUGUGUCUCGGACGGUCUGCCUCAAACGCCUGGAGGAGAAGAAGAAGGCCGUGCCCAUCCAGCUGUGGACCGCUCUGUCGAAGGAGGUGUCUGGGACGCUGGGAGACUCUCUCUCUGCUGCCUUCUCACAGGUACUCGCCUCUCAACUUCACAAACUACAAAGUUACAAAGUGGGGAGGGUCCUGGUUCGCCUCCCUGGAGUCCUGCAGUUUGCUCCACUCCCUCCCUCCCAGACCCACCUCAGUCCCGAGCAGAACUCUUCUGGUACCAAGGAGCUCUCUCUCUCUCUAGAGAGUGCUGUUAUUCUGGAUCUCAUACUCUCUCUGCCCGAGGAGCUCCCCCUGCUGGAAGGAAAGGAGCUGCAGCAUCAGCUGAGGCAGUUCUACUCCAGAGCAACUGCAUCAGCCCCCGCCACCAGAGCCAAUCAGAGACCAGCCCCUGCCCCUGGACCCAAUCAGAGACCAGCCCCUGCCCCUGGAGCCAGUCCGAACGAAGAGACCGGAACUGGUACCAAUCAGAGAGGAGAUGCAGCCCCCGACCAAGAUCACAUUUCUACAGCUGCCACCAAUGAGAGUGAAGGGGCUAACACAGGGACCAAUGAGAGUCAAGAUACUAACACGGCAACCAAUGGGAGCGGAGAUACUGCUGCAGACGAACCCACCAAUCAGGAAAGCGAUUGGUCGAGAGCAGGCCUGUGCCCUCUGAACCCCUUCAUGGUGCCCCUGAAACUGCUGGUGCGAGCAGGGAACAGUGACAUCAUCGUGACAUCACAGCAUUGAUGUCACGCUGAGAGACUGCAUGUGUUUGUGUGUAAAUAAAGCUUUCAAUUUUGA